AUGACACUGUUCCCGUCACUCAAGCCAAAGACCCAGAAUGCACCUCUACCUCCGCCCCCCACCCAGGACAAGAAGACAGACAAGGAGGCCGGCCUGUGGGUCAAUUCCACACAGGUGAGGGAGAUGGUGGCCCAGGAGGAGAUGGAGUUCGAGCACUUCCAGAAGAAGAACGCAGCACUGGCCAAGCUCAGACAAGAGGAUGAGACGAUCCAGAAGAACCUCAGGAUGGAGUGCGAGGCGUUUGAGAAGCAGAGAGCAGAGCAUCUGGCUCACUUUGAGGACUACAAGAAAGAAGAAACCAGGAAGCUGCAGAGGGAACGCAAACUAUUUGAGAAACACGCCACGGCCGUGCGAGCCAUGCCCAGGAAAGAACGGAGGGAGAUCCACACGCUUCAGGAGCAGCUGAGCUCCCUGCGGGAGGAGCUGAGGAAGAAGGAGAGCCGCUGGUCGUGCAGGCACACUCGCCUUCGCCAGCAGAUUGACUCUCUCAGCCUGGAGAAGCUCAAGCUGACGGACCAAGUGACUAAUUCAUGAAAGAGGCAGACGGUAUGGCGGAAGCGUGUCCUAACGUCUUUUCUCCGUCUCUCCUCUUGUGAGUUGAGAGAAGCAUCGGAGAAGCUUCGUCUCAGAGCAGAGAGGGACACUAUAAAAACCAGGAAGUUGCAGAGGGAACACACACUGCUGGAGAAACACGCCGCUGCUGUGCGAGCCAUGCCCGACAAGAAAGAACGGGAGGAGAUACAGGUGACACCAGCAAGGCACUGAAGGAGCAGCUGAGUUCCCUGCAGGAGGAGCUGAGGAAGAAGAAGAGCAGCUGGUCGUGCACGCACACUCACCUUCUCCAGCAGAUUGACUCUCUCGGCCAGGAGAAUCUCGAGCUGAAGGACA